AUGGCCAGUGCUCAGCUAGCAGCCGAAGAGGAGCUGCAACAAAGCGUUGUGGUUUCUGAGGAGGACUUGGAGCGCGAUGACUCCGACUCCUCGAAUGCGGCCAUGUUACCUUAUCAAAAUCAGGACGACACAUCGGAACCCUUGAGGACUGGAUCCGGCAAUCAGUUAUACCUGCACGUCAAUGGCUUGGAAGACUUGACAAUUGAAAGAUACGGCGGUCCUACAGCUACCUUGGUCUCCAAGAAUGCUGAGUCUGUCGAAGAUGAUGCUGAAGGGGAGGAGGAUGCCCCAGGCGAAGAUGACGGCGCUGCAGAUGCCGAAGAAAUUGUGAAUCCCUACGAUGAGAACGAUGCUGAAGGGGAGGAAGAUGUCGAGCAUGUUGUGCAGCUCAACAUGGAUCAAGAUGAAGGCGUCGGCGAAGCAGUUGAACAGUCCACAGGGAGUGUGCAAUCUGGCGACGACGAGGAUGACAACGAUGACGAAGGCGUCGGAGCUGUCAAAAUCCGGCCUGGCGACACCGACGACGAAGAUGAUGUCGAUAGCGAACAAUCACAUUCAACUACCGAUGGCUCGGAAGACUCAGACGGCGCAGCUGCCUGGGAGGAUGCCCCAGAAAGCCACGAAGAUGAGGAUGAAGAGUCAGAUGCUGCAGGUCGGACUCUGUGCUUGUUCUGCAAACAGGAUGAAGAACAUGACCCGGGCGAAGACUUUGAGGACUACCUAAUGUGCUCUCAUUGUGGCGAGAACUGUGCGUUUUACACCAAAGACGAGACUAUGCAUACUGACAGUUUCCAGCACAUCAAUUUUGCGCGCGAGAAACCGGUGCUUUGCGAUCGCACGAUGCUGACCGCCGAACCUCCUGACACUCACCCAGCUAAUGGAACGAACCAACCAUUGGUGCCUACAACUGGCGCAGUUCCCGACCAAUCUCAACCUAGUCUGGAGACAUCUGAUCCGCCUAAACACGAUGGUCCAGAAGUUUUUGACAAGCAAGAAUAUCCCGAUGUGGAUGGCGAUGACGAUGAACAUACACGACUUCUUCGAAAACGCCGAACUUCUCCCUCUGAACCCGACGACAGCGCAAUGUUACUUCGUAAGCGUCGGCGGCGCACGCCCGAAGAACAACAUUCGUCGCGUGAAACCACGUCUCACAACGCUCAAAGCGAGACUGGUGAGACAGACAAACCUCGAAAGUUGCGCCUCAAGGUGUCUCGGAAUCAUGCCGCCGUCACUGUCACCAGGCGGUCGAAUAGCAUGCUCAUUAGCAUUCGUGUAAACCCUGCUGGCUUACGACAUGUCAUGGUGUCGAAAGCAUCUUCGAAUCGUAAGCGGACGGCAAGGAACGAGCCGGCGCGAUCAGUUCGACCGAGCCUCACAGCGCUGCCGACGCCAUUCAUGUCGUCAAGUAGCUCUCAACCAUUCUAUUCCUUCCUUGAUCGAGAGACGGACGAUAUAAGAACAAAGCCCUAUGGUGGCAUUCUUACUGACGUCGAAGCCGACACGUCUCGCACGUUGCCUACAAACGAUGACCGCAGACGCUUUGACGAAGCCAAGCAAAAGGCUGAGGAAGAAUGGAGGACAAUGCACGUCAUCCAGAUCAGCCGCGAAGGCGCUGAAAAGGCCAAGAAGGGGAAAAAAGCGGCUGGUCCGGCUAGCCAAAUCGAGUGCAUCGAGUUUGGCGGUUGGGAAAUCGACACGUGGUAUGCAGCACCCUACCCCGAGGAGUACAGCAGGAAUCGGAUUCUGUACAUCUGCGAAUUCUGCCUCAAGUACAUGAACUCUGACUACGUGGCAUGGCGCCAUAAGCUCAAGUGCCCAGCUAAACACCCUCCCGGAGACGAGAUCUACCGGCACGGGUCCGUUUCUGUGUUUGAGGUGGAUGGGCGCAAGAACCCGGUGUAUUGUCAGAAUCUCUGUCUCCUCGCAAAAUUGUUCCUUGGCUCGAAGACCCUCUACUACGACGUUGAACCCUUUCUGUUCUACGUACUUUGUGAGUACGAUGAUCUCGGCUACCACUUUGUCGGAUAUUUUUCGAAAGAAAAGCGAGCCAGCAGCCAGAACAAUGUGUCUUGCAUCUUGACACUGCCGAUCCACCAGCGCAAGGGCUAUGGCAACCUUUUGAUUGACUUCUCCUACCUGUUGACGCGCGUAGAGAAGAAGACGGGCUCUCCGGAAAAGCCAUUGUCUGAUAUGGGCCUUGUCUCGUACCGAAAUUACUGGCGGCUCGUCAUGUGCCAGUAUCUCCUGAAAAGAUGGGAUGGUGGCGGUGAAGACCAAGGGAGCCCGGUUGGACUGAGUUUCCGUCAGAUCUCAGACGACACAGGACUGACCCCCGAUGACGUUAUCUCAGCACUUGAGGGACUGAGAUGCUUGAUUCGGGACGCCAAGACUGGCUUAUAUGCCUUUCGGCUAGACCUUGCGUACUGCAGAGAGUACGUGUCGAAGUGGGAUGCUAAGCAGUACGUCAAACUCCAUGAAGAAGCUCUGGUCUGGACGCCUUACGUGAUGGGGAGGGGAAACACGACAAACUUUGAGCUGGGCCCUGCCAUCACUGCCAUGGCUCCCCGGGAAGAGGAGGAAGACCGCAAGAUGGUCGCGCCGCCCCUUGUCAAUGGCGUUUCAACGGGCGUGGCUUUGGAGAGUCAGAGCUCGGUUCUCGUGCCUGCGGAGAUCGGUCCAGCGCCCGAGAAGCUCACUCCAGUAGAGGGUGUAGCAGAUGAACAGAGCGCCUUAGCGGACCAGCCGGUGGGCGGCGCCAGGACCGCCCACGAGCCUUCGAUUCCGCGCCCUGCGAUCGUCCGCACGGCUCCACUCAGCAGCAGCAGCAGCGCCAAACCCAGACGGUCAGCGGGUGGCGGCAGCGUCAAGCGUCCGUCUGCGAGCAAGCCCAAGGCGAGCGGGACCUCGCGCCGCAAGAGCGGUGGCACCGGCCGCGGCCCAGGCCGUUGGCCCAAGGGCACAAAGAAGAGCGACUAUGGCAACGCCGACAGCGGCCCAGGCCUGCCGCCGGCAUGGGUGCAGGAGCGCCAGAGGCUCCUCGCCGAGAGCGCCAAGAAGAAGGGAACCGGCGCGGCUGCGCAUGAGGCGGCCGGCGGGGAAGCUGCCCGGGUCCAGUUUGAGGAUCCGGUGGCGUCGCAUGGUGACGCCAGAGUAUCCGGGGCAGCGGCACCUGGUGGGGACAUUGCUUAUACCAAUAUUGCGAGUGAUAUCCCGGCUGUUGGAGACGAGUAG